CCAGCUCAACUUCAGCAUCAUCCAUCCUGUAUAUUCUGGAAAGAGGGAACCAACAAUGACUUUGGCUCCUAUUCACGGCGCCCCUAAUCCACAGAGACAAGGUUUUCACUCUCGCAAACUACUAUAAGAAUCUAGACCCCUGCCCUCCAAUAUGGGGCAAACCACAACAACCCUAUACUCUGAAUCAUCUACUUCCUCCAACAAUGGCAGAUAGCAAGCAACAAAAAACCUACCGCGCCUGGCCAACCGACCCGCCAACCUACACUCAAACCAACAACGAGCAGGUCCGAAGCAUCACCCAUAACAGAGAAUGGAAUUAUUCCCUCUGCGACUGUUUCUCCCCCGGCUCAUUGUGCCUAACAAGCUGGUGUCUCCCAUGCCUAACCUUCGGAAAGACGCAAGCGCGAAUCCACGACCCGACACUCCAGAACUUCAGCUACAUCAACACUGAGUGCGCCAUCUUCACCUGCCUCGGCCUCGGUGUCUCCCAGUGGAUCAUCCAAACGAUCCGGCGAGGCGAGAUGCGCGAGCGCUUCGGCAUCGAAGGCUCGUGCUGCGGCGACUGCUGCACGACCUUCUGCUGCGGAUGCUGCGCCCUCAUCCAGGAGGAGAAGGAGAUGGAGCUGCGGACGAGGCCCGAGUUCACGGGGUACCAGGCCGCGCCGCAGAUGGCGUAUCCUGCCUAGGUUUGGGGUGGGAGGUCAGAUGGCUGAUUGGCCUUGAGGUGUGCGCGAGAGUUGCUCCAUCUGCAUCCAGCUGAUGCGUGUUUCGG